ACAUAACGCAGCUUCGCCCUUAACUUCGCUUAAUCUGCUCGACUCUUUGCCAUUGACCCAUCGAGUUGCAGUCUCCUAAUUAAAAACUCCCUUCAAAAUUCAAUACCCUUCCCUCUGAUUUCUCCUCUUCCCCUUAUCUAUAAAUAAAUUUCUCAAUUUUUUCAAUUUUCUCAUCUUCUUCUUCUCCAACACCCAACUAUCUGUAGUUGCAAACUCUCCACCUGAUCCGCCAUGAUUUCCCUUUCGGAAAGAAGGAAGAGGCCCAUCAAAAUCCCCUGCCCUCCUCAAAAAUCCCAUCUCUAAUCACCAAAUUCCACACCGUAUUGGGGAAAAUUGAAUUGGGUUUUCUCCCAAUAAUCCAAAUUAUGAUUCUUUCCAAUCCAAUAUUUCUUGUAAUCGUAACAAUCUGUAUAUUUGUAGCAAUCCGUGUGGCGCUGUACAGAACUGGGCUUGUUUACAUCGUGAAGAAAUGGUGGUGGUGGUUCGAGGACUGCUUCCAUGUCUACCAAUCGUUCAAAGUCCCCAAAUUCAACGAGAGCAUGCAGGAGAAUCAGCUCUACGGACGAGUCACCGACUAUCUCAACUCGCUCACCUCCAUUGAAGAAUCAGACUUCACUAACCUCGUCACCGGGAAAAAACCCAAUGAAAUUGUCCUCCAGCUCGACCCCAAUCAGACUAUCGAGGACGAUUUCCUCGGCGCCAAGGUCAUAUGGCAAAUAGAAGGCAGCGGCGCCGGUGGGAGUAGGAACUUAGUGUUGAAGGUUCGGAAAGCUGAUAAGCGGCGGAUUCUGCGGCCCUAUUUACAACACAUCCACGUCGUCGCCGACGAGCUUGAGCAGAAGAAACGGGAGUUGAGGCUUUACAUGAACGUCGACGCGCCCGACAGGGCAUGGAAGCCAGUCCCCUUCACUCACCCGUCGACCUUGGAGACCAUAUCAAUGGAGUCCGACCUUAAAUCGAAAGUCAAAUCCGAUUUAGAGUCGUUUCUCAAGGCGAAGCAGUACUAUCACCGACUGGGUCGGGUCUGGAAACGGAGCUUUCUGCUUUACGGGCCGUCGGGCACCGGAAAAUCGAGCUUCGUCGCCGCCAUGGCCAAUUUUCUCGGGUACGACGUGUACGAUCUGGAUCUCUCGCGUGUCAAAGACGACUCGGAGCUGAUGAUUCUGCUGUUGCAGACGACAACAAAAUCGGUCAUUGUGAUCGAAGACUUGGACCGAUAUUUAGCCGAGAAACCCGCGGGUCUGAGCUUUUCGGGUAUAUCGAAUUUCAUGGACGGGCUGUUGAAUUCGUGCUGCGCCGAGGAGAGAGUGAUGGUUUUCACGAUGAAUUCGAAAGACCACGUUGACCCGGCCUUUCUUCGACCGGGUCGGAUCGACGUCCACAUCCACUUUCCACUCUGCGAUUUCGGAGCAUUCAAAAAUCUGGCGACGAGUUAUCUCGGGUUGAAGGAGCACAAGCUCUUCCCGCAGGUGGAGGAGAUUUUCCUAAGCGGGUCGAGUUUGAGUCCGGCGGAGAUCGGCGAGUUGAUGAUCACGAACCGGAACUCGCCGAGUCGGGCGAUUAAGUCGGUCAUCACGGCUUUGCAGACGGACGGCGAUGGGAGGGGCGCGGGAUUGUUCGGAAGGCGGGUUGGGUUUGAUACCGGGUCGAGAAAGUCCGAAUCGGGUGAACCCGGCGGGGCGUUUUGCGGGGAAGGCGGUGUUCCUGCGGUUAGGGAUAUUAGGAAGUUGUAUGGGUUCUUGAGGAUGAAAAGCAGCAGGAGCCCCUCUCAUUCUCAGUCGUUCGAUGCGGAUUCGGCGCACAGGGAAGGUUGAUCGGAGGGCCUGAAAUUUAAAAUGUUUGGGGGGCAUUACGUGACGAUAUGUGAUUGGGGGUUAUAGGGAAGAAAUGCAGAAGUAUAGAGCAUAUAAUUGAACAGAGAAACCAAUUUGUUUUGAUAAUUUGGAUAAUUGGUAGUUGGGAUUUGGGUGCUUUGUGGAUAGAUUAAUUGAUGAUUCUAUCUUUCUUCUGUUCUUCUUCAA